AUGUUUGCUGUUGUCUUGGUGUUGAUGUUGGCAACAACAACAUUGACCAAUGCAUAUAACUUAAAUGAACACAUAGAGGUGUUCUACGUUGAGGCCCCACUGAUGAAGGCUCAAUUUGGUAGUUUGCUUGGUAAUCUCAAGGCAUAUCAUUCUGGAUUAUACUUCUAUGCUACUGAAUCCAACGAGAAUUAUACAGCCCAAUAUGUGGCGUAUCCUCAGAUCUUGAAUGCCAUAUUUCCAAGUGUUAAUCAGACUGAUGAAACGAUCAGUUGGGGUAACCUGGGCAUCAUCGAGUUUGAUAAUGAGUUCAAUGGAACGUACUGGUCAACGAGUCAACAAUAUGUGAUGUCCAUCACUGGUGCUCAAUUCCUUAGUUAUAUUUGUUGGAUGGAAGGAUACAAUGUGACCAACUAUUAUUACAACCUAUAUGAUGUUCGCGACUAUAACACUGGCGAACUGUACAUGGGUAGCAGCACAUGUGAUGACUUUGCCUGGAACUCAUUCACCGCGCUCUACAACCUUGGCGGCACAUUCACCCUGGCGCCAACCUCGCCACCACCUCGCGACUUCAUCACACUGCUGGUGGUGCAGCCACCCGUCAUUGUCAACAACAUCAACGACCCGGCCACAUGGGGCCAGAUCAUGAACUUCUACGAGAAGAUGGUGUUCAUGCCCAAUGAGACCGCAGUCGAGAUCAUCCAGAACCUGGUCAAUCUAUUCUCUGGCGAGUUCUACUAUCAUUAUAACAAUGAUUACUACAACCUCACGCUAAUCUCACAGCAGAACACCGUUCCCCUGUCCAUCCUUUACAAGCCGGCGCCACUGCCAUCCGGACCUCGCGACCCCAACUCCGUGCGUCUCCCCAGCAACUGUGCCACACCUUCCAGCUACAAGAAACCCGGUAUUGGUGGAGGAUGGAUCUUCAUCAUAAUUGUGUGCUCGGCUUCAGUUGUAUAUAUUGUUGCAGGACUGAUAUUCAAUGUCAAGCAGAGAGGCAUGCCCUUGAAUGCUCAGGCGAUGCCCAACCACGAUGGUUGGGUCGAGUUUGGAAACUUGAUAAAGGAUGGAGCAUUAUUCAUCAAGUCCAAGGUAACUGGAACACCAUCGUACUCAAGUUUGUAA